UUGGUUGAACUAUCCCUUUAACUGCAUAUACUUGGCUGAUGUUCAACAUGACCUAGAAAGUUUGACUGAGCAGCUUUAACGUCUCAGUGUAUGUGAAUGAGACCCCCUCCUACCAUUCUGUUUUAGAAGCAUAAGACACUUUUGGUAUGGAUUAACUCAUAUUAGCUUAGCUUUAGCGGACUGAAUUAGCUUAUACUGAUGCGCACAGCCUUAUUAGAUACAGAGAUCUCUCACAAACAGUAGGUGAACUGUGUAAUUCUGUUACUACAUGACCCCUGACUGGACCAUACAAAGUCCAUGUCAAGAUGGCAUAACUGUAACUAAUAUGGUCCAUCUUGUUCCAUGAGUCUUGCUUUUACAUAGUAUAUUUAUGCUUUUGUGUAUACUUUAUCUAGUUUCAAUCAUUUUUUAUCUUUAUUUUAUUUAUUAUAAAACGGUUAGUUCCUGUCCUUAAUUCUGAUUGGUCAAUAGCUGUGUUUUAUUCACGAUAAAACACCCUUAGCAACCACUCUUAGCAACGUAAACUGUUUGUUCUCAGUUGAUAUUGUUCAUUGAAGCGUUCUGUAUUAUGUAGAACUAGAAGAGUAUUGUGAGAAAGAGAUCAAUUGAGCGAGUUUAUUACCUGCAUUCAGAUUUAGCAUUUUCCGUCAGGUCAGUCGUAUGUUCAUAAUAAAAAAUCUGUUUAAAUGUCCGAUGUAUUAUCUUGUCCUUUUAACAGUUAAGGGGUAUUCCGUGACUGACAGUGCUAGUCAAAGCAUUUGUCAGUUGCGUCUUGUUCCGUGUUAACAACAAUUCAAUCUUUUCAAUGUAAAAGUCUUCACUACUGACUGACACACUCAUAAAGACAGUUUUUGCCGCCAUCUAAUGGCGUAAUAACGUAACUUCUGUUGCGGUUCAUAGUCAGGGACUAUUUUUUCCAGCAGAAGGAAGGCUUUUAGUAAAAGUUUACUUCAUGAAAGUUGCAUUGAUACAUAUUUUUGGCUUUAAUAUUUGUAUUGUGUGGUAACCGUUUUAUAAAAGCAAUAAGGUACUCGAGACUAGUGCUGUAUCAUAAAUAAGUCACGGCUAAAGGGGUUGCAGGCACUCCUCUUUGCAACUUAUUCGCGAUACAGCAGAGCCUCUCGUACCUUAUUGCUUACAUAAAUGACAUUAGUUUGAGAUAUGAUGUGAGGGACAGUUUGUGGAAUUAAAUUAUUUUAAAUGGUCACCUGGAGAAAAGUGGGUGGUCUGCUCUCAGUAUUUCACACAGUACACAGCACAGUACAAUGAAGGCAUUAGGUAAUGCUCAUUAAAGCAGGUCAAAGAGAGACUGGCACACUGCAGAAAUGAGGCCAGUGCAGCAGAGUGCCACCCAUGAAGGUAAGAAGUUUGAAUUUACAAAUGUAAUUUUAACAAAGCAUCAUCAGAACCUGAAUUUACCUAGCAAGACCACGAGAUGAGCAAGACAAACUGUGGACAAAUAAUGAGAUUAUUAUUAUUAACAAGAUUAUUGUUACCUUUUUCAUGCAUUCAAAGUGCAUCACUACAUCAUAUUAUGCAUUUAUAUUGACAAAUGGUGCCACACUAGUGAGCAUAUAUAAAUUGUGAUAGCUCAGGAUGAAUCCCUGAGUACUGCAGUAAAGACAGAAAGCAUUAGGUAGGAACAUACUGACACACUUUAUGACUGUCUUAGAGCAGUUCUGUAACCUUUUGCAUCAUUUAACUAAAUGCUAAAUAUGAAUAUGCUAAAUUAAAACCCAACAGCUAACAAUUAAAAUCAGCAAGUAAAAUAAUCAUAUGAUCAAUUGUAUGAGCAGAUGGACUUUAGCCCCUUUUUUGGUAUUUGGUGCUGCAAUAGCACAUUAGCCAUUGGCCUAUAAACAACAGGAGAAAGUUUUAAUGUGUCCUGCUAGCCUCAGCAUUUUGUACACUCCAUGCUGAGCUGUUAGCUCCCACAUUUUUGCUCCUCUCAUCGUAUCACCAUUUAUGUUUAGACAACAGAGCCCGAUGGCCAUCCGUUGACUAGCGCUCUGCAUCUGUCUAAAUAUAGUCAGCCCUAAAGCUUCUUAGUGGGAGAACCCUCUUAUAAGUUCCUUUCCUUGAAUAGUAGCUGAGUAUAGGCUACACAAAUAUACUUAAGUGAAAAUCCCUUGCAGGUAUUUAAUUCUAAAUGAGUAAUUACUGGGUUGUCAGUGUGUCUUGGUCUGCAGGUGCGCGUAUCUUAGUGGCUCAUUCGCGCCUUGGCUUCAAAGCGAGUAGCACACAAACUCACUGACCACUGGCAGUAGCAUCUUCUAGCCUGAUAAAGCAGUGUGCGGAGCUUCCAUUUCUCUUAGGCGUGUAACCUGACACAGCCGCCAACAUGUGUGACAUGGGGGGACUUGAUAAUUUGGUGGCCAACACGGCCUACCUGAAAGCCCAAGGGGGUGAUGACAAGGAGAUGAAGAAACGUCGCCGAAGUCUAUCUCUGCCCAAGGCGGAACAAUGUGUGGCACUCAGGACGAGUCUGGACAAGGACUUCGAGUCCCUUUGUGAACAGCAACCUAUUGGUAAGAAGUUGUUCCGCCAGUACCUCGAUCAAGCGGGGCCAGAGUCCUCCACUGCUGCAGAAUUUAUGGAUGAUCUGAACGAUUGGGAAUUGUCAGAGGCUGCUGCCAGAGACAAGGCCCGUACAAAUAUCAUCAACAAGUACUGCAAAGAUGGUUCCAAGAGCUCCCUCACCUUCCUGACUGGAGAUGUAGCAACCAAGUGCAAGGCGGUUACUGACAAAGAUUUCGAGGAGGUGAUGGCACAGGUGAAGGUGGCCACCAAAGAGUACUUCAAAGGCAAGCCGUUUACAGAUUACCAGACAAGCCAAUUCUUCGACAAGUUUCUGCAGUGGAAAGAGUAUGAGAAACAGCCAAUCACGGAGAAGUACUUCUACGAAUUCAGGACUCUCGGAAAGGGUGGUUUCGGAGAGGUGUGUGCAGUGCAGGUGAAGAACACCGGCCAGAUGUAUGCUUGCAAGAAGCUCUGCAAGAAGCGUCUCAAGAAGAAACAUGGUGAGAAAAUGGCCCUGCUGGAGAAGAAGAUCUUGGAGAGGGUCAACAGCCUGUUCAUUGUGAGCCUGGCAUAUGCUUACGACACCAAAACCCAUCUCUGCCUGGUCAUGAGCUUGAUGAAUGGAGGUGAUCUCAAGUAUCACAUCUAUAACAUUGGUGAGAAGGGUAUCGAAAUGGAUCGGAUCAUCUAUUAUACAGCUCAGAUUACAACUGGGAUCCUGCAACUGCAUGCCAUGGACAUUGUGUACCGUGACAUGAAGCCGGAGAACGUGCUUUUGGAUAGCCAGGGCCAGUGCCGUCUUUCAGAUCUUGGUCUUGCUGUGGAGAUUCCUGAUGGAAAGACCAUCACCCAAAAGGCUGGAACGGGUGCAUAUAUGGCACCUGAAAUCCUCACUGAUACCCCAUACAGGACAUCAGUGGACUGGUGGGCCCUGGGCUGCAGUAUCUAUGAAAUGGUGGCUGGUUACACCCCCUUCAAAGGCCCUGAAGCCAAGAAGGAGAAGGUGGAGAAGGAGGAGGUACAGAGGCGCAUCAUCAAUGAGGAACCCAAGUUUGAACACAAGAACUUUGACGCUGCCACCAUAGACAUCAUCAAGCAGUUCCUCAAGAAAAAGAUUGAUGAACGUCUUGGCUGCAAGGGUGAUGAUCCAAGGAAGCACGAGUGGUUCAAAUCCAUCAACUUUGCUCGAUUGGAGGCCGGCCUUAUCGAUCCACCCUGGGUGCCCAAACCCAACGUUGUCUAUGCAAAGGAUACAGGUGACAUUGCUGAGUUCUCUGAAAUCAAGGGUAUUGAGUUUGAUGCGAAGGAUGAUAAAUUCUUCAAGGAGUUUAGCACAGGUGCUGUGUCCAUUGCCUGGCAAAAGGAGAUGAUUGACACAGGACUCUUUGAUGAGCUCAACGACCCCAACCGGAAAGAAUCAUCCGGUGGUUCAGAUGAUGAUAAGAAAUCUGGCACUUGCACGCUUCUGUGAGAGACCAAUCCAGCCACUCAGCCCAGAAUUCACCAGUAAAUGCUUAAGUGGCAUCACUAAUAUGAUUGAAACUGUGCUCUGUGUCGAAGAAGAGUGAAGCAUGCCUGGAAAGAGAUGGGACAUUAGUUCUUUGUAGCAUAGAAGGACACUCUUAUUGCUUCAUCAGCACAGAAACAUGGUCUGAGAAACACUCUAGACCAUUCAUGAUGUGGUGGACUGAGCUUUGGACCAGUCAGGGAAGUUUUUCUCUGGAGUUCCUUUAUGUCUCGUGAAGUAGUCAACCUCCUAUCCAACAGGGGGCGCAAGUUAAAGUACUAUUCCCUAUUGAGAAGAUGCUAGAAGAGUAGAGGACUACAGGCCACCUAAAGAGACUUUUAAGAUUAUUAUGUAACUAUAGCGACUCGAUGUAAUCAACAGCAGUUUGUGAUCAGAAGGCAGAGAUGUGUGGAUAUGCAAAAAAUAGUCAUCCUCCAAAAGAAGUGACUUGCGUUCCAAACAUCUCCUGCCUUGCCAAAUCACAAUUUAUUUGUGGAUUAGUUCACGGUGUACUAGUACACAGUUGGCAUCUAUUGUAUACAUACCAUAAGACUAUAAGAGGCUACUGAAGACCAGGCCCAGAUGGAAUCUGCAGAAUUCUUUCUCAUUUUUGAAUUCAGAAUUCUGUGGAAUGUACUAAAAUUAAAUUUGGCAAAAUUGUGGGGACGGUGGAGCCUAUUCCAGCGUCUCCAACCAUAGGCAGGGUAAUACCCUGAACAGAUGGCUGGUCCAUCACAGAUUAGCCAAAAUAUUUAACAAAAUAAAUGUGAAGGAUGCAAACAUUUUGUUAAUGAUGAGCAUUCCAAUUCUGCGGAAAUCUGGGAAGCAUUCCAUGCACACGGAUUCUGUGUGGGCCUGCCUGUGACACGGGUAAACAGCUACAUGCUAACAAAAGUGCAUUUGAAUGAAUUGUGUAAUUGUCCAACAGAGCUCAAAUGAUCUCUGUAGAAAGUCUCGCACAAAUUGUUAACACAUGCUUGUGAUCUUUGAUAGCAGGCCAUUUCGUAUUUCACCUAGAUUUUUAAAUGAUUUGUGUGUAUAAAUAUGUACAUAUAAAUAUGAAUGAAUAAAUCAAUAUAUAUACAUAUAUAUUAAUAGCUCUGAAAUUAAAUCAAAUCAGAGCUUGAUUUCUUAGCAUUUAAAGGUAACAAUUCCUUUUGUGGUUUGUUACUUUUUUACCGCUCUGAUAUUAUGGGAUAGAUGUACACAGAAGACAGCUUUCCUUGACAGGAAAGUUCAGCUGAAAGAGUUCAAUCCUCAAGGGCACAAAGAGAGAGCUUUGGCACGGAUACGUCUACUCAAUCCUCACUAGUUGUGUUACAUAAUCAAGGUGGAGCUUGUGCCCCCCUUACAGUCUUCAUUUGUUUUGCUUUUAUAAUGCUGAGCAAGAGCAAAAGAAAACUUGUUAUUGUAAAAAUCACAGUAUGUGACAUAAAAUGGACCAAACUACCUGUUUUCAAAUGAAUUAUUUGUUCUGUCUCUUUGCCGGUGUUCAGUUUUUACUUUUUGUCAGGUAAGUAAUGAUUAAAUGUAAUUGUAUAUAAGGUUUGAGAAUGAUUAUGAAUAGAAAUGUCAGAUAUUCAAAAUGGGUCAAUAAAAUGUCUCUUUCUUUUACAGAUUUUUUUCUGAGCUUUUCCCCCUAUAAUGCUGGUGCUUGGCGCUAAUCAGUAAACAUCUACUACGCUGGCACUAAUCAAAUCAGUAAAUUUAGGGCAAGAGUCACAGUUCACUGGCGGAGGUUAGUCUUCCAUUAUUUCAAGUUUGAAUGUUUCCUUGUUCCUGAGAUAAUUAAAAUUGAAUCUUAAUCUUAAUCUCACACAUAUUGCUUGAUGAAAAUCUAACCGCAUGUUGGUGCAUGUUAAAAAAAUCUAAAUCUAAAAAUAUGUCCCAGAUUAAGGAGUCAAAUCACAGACUGCCUGAAGAGUUCUGGGCUGAAUUCAGUACACCACACUUAUCUUGUAAAGCGAUAAUCUGGCUUACACUCACGUACUUAAAUCAACCUCUAAUCCUUGCAACCUCCAGUCUGAUUUGCUGAACCAAGAUAAGUCACACUCACCAGACUCUUACCAAUUUAUGAUUUCCGUUGAGAUCAUAGAAUACCAGUCUGGUUCAGAAUCAGCACACAUGAAGGGGUCUUCUUCCUGCAUUCAAAGACUGUUAUAUCACUCCUGAGCUUUAUUAUGCAAUGUACAUGUAGAAAUGAUGUGCAUCAUAUAGUUAAUACGUGCUCUGCUUAUGACUGAGUUUUAAUGGAGAGUACAAUAUUAAGUUAGAAAUUAGGUGGAAUUCUCCAGGUGGCAAAGGUAAAGACCCUGUUAAGCCAAACAGAUCCUCCUCCUCCUUAUGUGAACCAAUAUCCACUAAUGCUGAAAAUGAGCUUAUGUGUGGAAGAAGUGUUAGUGAGAGUGUCAGGCAAAAGUGAUUGCUAUGUGUUAUCAAAACAUGUUGUAGUGUCCUUGACGUGUUUGUCAGUAGCCAGGAGUUUUUAAACUUUUUAAUACCAAAGGCCCCAAAAUAUGAUGAUCCCUUAUUUUAUUUCCUAAAAUAUAAUAGCAGCUAUAUAUUUUAAUUAAUAAAGAACCUUUAAUUAAAUAUCAGGCAACAUAUGUUUCCAAAAUUAAAUAACUGGCUUCUAUUUGUAUUUAUAUAUAUAUAUUUUUUGUAUUAAUUUUAUAUUAUUUGUGUAUUGUCACAGGCCAAAACAAAUUAUUAAAAUAUUAUCUGGAGAAUAUUUACUUAUAAAGUAAGAAGUGUAUUUUUUUGUAUGUUAUAUGUAUAGACUUAAAAUACAAACCAGAUCUGUUUUUAUUUUCAUUUCUUACUGUUUAAAACUAGGACUGUCAAUAGAAUGCAACAAUAUAUAUAUAUAUAUAUAUAUAUAUAUAUAUAUAUAUAUAUAAUUACAGUAUCUCACAAAAGUGAGUACACCCCUCACAUUUCAGCAACCAUUUUAGUAUAUCUUCUCAAGGGACAAUACUAUAGAAAUGAAACUUGGAUAUAUUUUAGAGUAGUCAAUGUGCAGCUUGUAUAGCAGUAUAGAUUUACUGUCCUUUGAAAGUAACUUAACAUACAGCCAUUAUUGUCAAAAUAGCUGGCAACAAAAGUGAGUACACCCUAAGUGAUAACAGUUGUAUGUUGUUUAACCAUGCAAAGCCACAUGUCCUAUUCAUCAUGUUCAUGUUUUUGUCUGCUUGAUAGGACAAUACAAAUUUGUGUGUCUUGUAUUAGAGCAGUUAAAAUUUGGUGCUUUGAGUACAAUCCUCUCAUACUGAUCACUGGAUGUUCAACAUGGCACCUCAUGGCAAAGAACUCUCUGAGGAUUUGAGAAUUAGAAUUGUUGUUCUCCACAAAGAUGGCCUAGGCUAUAAGAAGAUCGAUAACACCAUGAAACUGAGUUACAGCACAGUGGCCAGGGUCAUAGAGAGAGGUUUUCCAAGACGGGUUCCACUCGGAACAGGUCAAAGAAGUUGAGUCCUCGUGCUGUGCGUCAGGUGCAGAAGCGGGCUUCAAAAAACAGACGCAUGAGUGCUGCCAGCAUUGCUUUAGCGGUUGCAGAAGCGGAAGGUCAGCUUGUCAGUGCUCAGACCAUACGCCGCACACUGCAACAAGUCGGUUUGCAUGGCCGUCGUCCCAGAAGGAAGCUUCUUCUGAAGCUGGCUCACAAGAAAGCCCGCGAACAGUUUGCUGAAGACAACCUGUCCAAGAGCAUGAAUUACUGGAACCAUGUCCUGUGGUCUGAUGAAACUAAGAUAAACUUGUUUGGCUCAGAUGGUGUCCAGCAUGUGUGGCGACGCCCUGGUGAGGAGUACCAAGAAGAUUGUGUCUUGCCUACAGUCAAGCAUGGUGGUGGUAGCAUCAUGGUCUUGGGCUGCAUGAUUGCUGCUGGUACUGGGGAACUGUGCUUCAUUGAGGGAAACAUGGAUUCCAACAUGUAAUGUGACAUUCUGAAGCAGAACAUGAUGCCCUCCCUUCAGAAACUGGGCUGAAUGGCAUGAUAAUGACCCCAAACACACCACCAAGAUGACAACUGCCUUGCUGAGGAAGCUGAAGGUGAAGGUGAUGGAGUGGCCAAGUAUGUCUCCAGACCUGAACCCUAUUGAGCACCUGUGGGGCAUCCUCAAGCGGAAGGUGGAGAAGCGCCAUGUGUCUAACAUCCAGCAGCUCCGUGAUGUCAUUAUGGAGAAGUGGAAGAGGAUCCCAGCAACAACCUGUGCAGCUCUGGUGAAUUCCAUACCCAGGAGGAUUAAGGCAGUGCUAGAUAACAAUGGUGCUCACAUAAAAUAUUGACACUUUGGACACAGUUUUGACAUGUUCACUUAGGGUGUACUCAUUUUUGUUGCCAGUUAUUUAGACAAUCAUGGCUGUAUGUUGAGUUAAUUUCAGAGGACAGUAAAUCUGUACUGCUAUACAAGCUGCACAUUGUCUACUCUAAGGUAUAUCCAAUUAUCAUUUCAAUAGUAUUGUCCCUUGAAAACAUAUAACAAAAUUGUUGCUGAAAUGUGAGAUACUUCUUUUGUGAGAUACUGUAUUAUAUAUAUAUAUAUUAUAUAUAUAUAUAUAUAUAUAUAUAUAUAUAUAUAUAUAUAUAUAUAUAUAUAUAUAUAUAA